AUGCACUCUGGCCGGACCGCUGGCAACGUGCUGGCAAUGACAACGUCUGCAACGUUGACCCGGACCCCUCCGGCUGGCGCCGGCCGCACCGUUUCAGACGGCCAGAUCUCACUCCGGGUUUACCGUUCGGAACGUCAAAUCUUACUCAGUAGGCUCGAACAUACCAGGGCAGCGACACCAGGAACACAUAAGCCGCCUCAAGAUGGCCCGAAUGUUCUGCCGCUCUCCGAGAUCGUUGGGGAUGACUUCGUCGCUGAGGUCGCGGCGUCGAACAGUACCAACGGACCACGUUCACUGUUCACCAAAGACGACCUCCUGCGCGUGCAGUCCGAAAUAGCGUGCACGAUGCGCCCUAGCCAUUCGACGGGCCCGCCUGCACGAAUCGGGACGAAAGUGCACGGCAAAUUGAAGGCUGACCAGUGGAAGGCGGGGAUCGACUUCGAACUUCCCGUUUACCUGAUGAAACAUUGUCAUCAUAACGCGAUGCACAUACCAGAAUUUCUCAUGCACUUCGGACCCAUGCCGGGUUGGUGGAUGUUCCCCUUUGAACGGGUGAUCGGUUUGCUGCAACAGGUGAACACUAAUGGAAAGAUAGGUCAAAUGGAUCGCACCAUGCUGGAUACGUUCUGUGCGGCCGCGAAUAUCAAGUCGUUCGUGCAGCAAGAGGCGUGUCCGGACGCCUUGCAACGACUCCGGCCGCUGAUGGAAUCCCUUCUCAAAGCGGACACUCGAGCCACGGUUGCGGGAGACGAGAUCAGCAACUACCUCAAAUUCAAAGAACUCGACAAACACUACUACGAGGCCAUGGUGAGCCAGCAGACGGCGAUAAAGGUCGACUUACCUGACUGGACGCCUGGACGGAGAGCGAUCAUGCAUAAUCGCUAUACCUUCUCUGGUCUAACGUACUCAAAGUACGUCGAGGGGAAGGCGGGCGGCAUCAUCUUCUUCCAGCCACGCACCGGCGACGCCUUCAUUCCUGGUGUUAUACGUGAGAUAUUCGCGGUUGCAGCUUUGGACAACUCACGGCCGCAUCUUGUUGGACAUAUGCUCCUCGCAGUCCAACGCUUCCAGCCCCGCCCACCGUCGGUCGUCGAUCCGUUCCUCGCGUACCCUGAUUUCGGAGCCAGUAUUUGGUCUCGCACGACGUCAAGGACCAUGGAGAUAAUUCCUGUAGUACGGGAGUUACAUCACGCAAUCGUUCAGCCUUGGGACGACGGGACAUAUGUCCUGAAGUCUACAGCGACGGCUCACAAUCGCUUAUUGAUCGACUACUUCGAAUGUAACUACGUUGAAGUACUACGCUACCCAUCCCGUGGCAGGCGAGAACUCGGAGCGCCCGGGCCAACCGGUCCUAGGACCGGCUGCCAUACGGCCCGCCGGAGAUUGCCACGGCUUUGCACCUGCCCUAAACGCACCCAGGAUCGUCUGAGCGGUCCCAAGGUACUUCUCUUCCUUUCGAUCCACCACGUCGCGAAUGCCCUCCUUAGUGUAGCGAAGCGAUAUUACAAGCGGUGCAACGCCCGGAGACAGACAAAAAUGUUCGACCCUGCCACCGAGACGGUUGUUCUCAGUGAUCGGCCCAAGAUUCGCAAGCCGGACGGUGAAGUCGCUCGCCCUGGCAGAGGUGGCUAUACGCUUGCCUCUGAUUUGAAGUGGCCCGACGGUUUGUACGGCAAAGUUCAGCAUAGGGUCGCCGCCUUGGCCACGAAACACAUGAAACCAAUCAGUCUCAGCAAUCAACCUCUAGAGGCCAUCAAGACCGUGUGCGAUGAGGCCGCGAAGUCUUUCCCUGUCUUGCUGGACUACGAGGAUCAUUGGGUGACUCGCGACAUGCUCAAGACUCACUUGAAGAACAAGGCGCAGCGUGCGAAGUAA